AAAACAGAGGCAUCAGAAUUCACAAACUGGUUGUGGUUGCAGAAUUCCAAAUCACAGAUUUUCACGUGCUUUAUAAAAAUGGGACGGCUUGGCUGUCAGUGAAUCCCAAGUGACUUGUUUUCCCAACUCUCCGCCCCACAAUCCAAAACUCUUUUCACUCAUUCUUUUCUUUUUCUUUUUUCUUUUUUUUUUCCUGUUUUAUUUAUUUAUUUAUCUUUUCUCUUCCCACCAAAGUCUUCUCUGUCUCUGCCUUCUUACAUAAACACCUUCUCAACCCCCCAACCCAAACCCGUCACUGCAAUUCAUUGCUGUUUCUCUGGUUUUCCUUCAUUUCCCAAGAAACAAACACUAGAGUAGUUUGGAAGGGUGAAACGAUGUCGGAUUGGGGUCCAAUUUUUGUGUCUGUGAUACUGUUUGUGCUGUUAUCUCCAGGGCUUCUGUUUCAGUUACCUGGACAACAUCGAUGCGUUGAGUUUGGCAACUUUAAGACAAGUGGUGCCUCCAUUAUGAUUCAUUCUCUGCUCUACUUCGCUCUCGUUUGCGUUUUCCUUCUUGCCAUCAAGGUCCAUUUGUACCUCGAUUGAUUAUUUUCUCUCCACCCAAAAGAAUUACAAGGAAAAUGGUUGCCGCAUGUAGUUCUAAAUUGGGAAAUGGGAAGUUUACUUUUUGUUUAGACUGUAAUUUUCUUUUUUAAUGUUUUUCAGUUUGUUUCAAUGUCAGUAUUAUGUUCCAUUGUUUUUUUUUUUUUUUUCACUUCCAUUGUUGUUCAAUAAUUAAUAUUAAUGAAAAGGACUUGCAUUAAGUA